AGCAUAUUUGUGUCUUAAAUCCCUUCCAAGUCAUCCUUCUCCCCCAAUUUAUAUAAACCCCCCACCCGCAGAAACAGAACACACGAAAAUCUCACCAUGCCGGCGACGAUCACGGCGGCGAUUUUGGUGGCGGCGAUCUUCACCAUCGCAUCAACGACUGCGUUAAAUAUAACCCCGAUUUCAUUCGACGAAGGCUAUACGCCGCUCUUCGGCGAACGCAACAUCGUGCGAUCCCCCGAUGGCCGCACGGUCAAGAUUCAUCUCAACCAGUAUUCCGGAUCGGGGUUCAUAUCGUCUUCUCUCUAUUACCACGGAUUGUUCGGGGCGUCGAUCAAACUGCCGUCAGAUUACACGGCCGGCGUCGUCGUUGCGUUCUACAUGUCGAAUGGCGAUAUAUUCGAGAAGAAUCAUGACGAGCUGGACUUCGAGUUUCUUGGCAAUGUGAAGGGGAAACAAUGGCGGAUUCAGACCAAUGUGUAUGGUAAUGGGAGUACAAAUCGCGGCCGUGAGGAAAGGUAUCUGCUUCCUUUUGAUCCCACUGCAGAAGCUCACCAUUACUCUGUUCUCUGGACCAACACCACCAUCAUAUUUUACAUUGAUGAGAUUCCUAUACGUGAGGUGGCGAGAACAGAAGCAAUGGGCGGCGACUUCCCCUCAAAGCCGAUGUCUCUCUACGCCACCAUAUGGGAUGCCUCUGAUUGGGCGACUUCAGGGGGGAAAUACAGAGUCGACUACAAAUACUCCCCUUUUGUUAGUGAUUUCUCCAAUUUUAUCCUCCAGGGUUGCCGGCUUGACCCCAUCCGACAGUUGCCGCCGGCGGCGGAGCAGUGUCGUGCGGCGGAGGACACGACGGCAGUUUCAGAUUAUGCGGUGAUGACCGCGGUGAAACGCGCGGCUAUGCGGGAAUUCCGGCAACGUUUUAUGACGUAUAGUUUUUGUUACGAUGAGCUCAGAUAUCCCAAGGUUUUUCCGGACUGCGAUGUUGUGGAGUCGGAAAAGAACAGGUUUUGGAAGUCUGGUGAUGCGAAGAUUCGACGGAGGGGACGAUGGAGGAGGAGUAGAGGUGAAAGGGUUAGGAGUAGGAUGAAUUUCAAGGGUCAUGAUGAUGAAUGACUCGUCUAUGAAAAAUAAAUUAAAAUUAAUUAGAUAAUUGAUUUUGAAUUGAAC